AUGAUCGGUGUCAACGACCAAAUCUCGAACAUCUGUGAGGACAUUGUUUGUUCGACCGCGCCUACGUCUGCGCCCGCGACAUCACGUAUUGGCUUCUUUGCACAAUGGGGUAAGCGUUUAUCUGUUGCGCCAUUCACGAACGCCACUUCUACGGCUUCUACCAUCAUCUUUGGUGGCGAUUGUGACUCUUGUGAUCGAUGUGAAGAUCUCAAGAUGCAGUCUGAUAUCAAACAGAGCAUGCUGGACCAGUGUGCCACCGGUCUCCAGGCUAAGGAGGCCGAGGUGGAGGCUCUCAAAGACACACUCGCAAAGCUGCAAGCCCAACUUGAUACAGCGGGCCAGGCGAACACCGAACCUCGUCUUGAGCAAGUCAGCUUUACUUGUGAGCUUCAAUCAAAGGGCAGCCAGCUAGCUGGCCGAGAAGGUGAAAGAAUCUACGACAUAUGCUAA